CUGCAGACGAGGCCAGCGAGGGUUCGCUCUGAACGCCUUUUUAUGUUUUUUUUUGGGACACUCCGCGGUUUCGCACAUGGAUGUUUCGACGUAGAUGCUUUUAAAAUUUUUAUUUUUUAUUUUUUAUUUUUAAACAAAAUGGCAUUUCUGGAUUUUAUCUCGAGCUGAAUCUCUUUAGUCUUUUUUAAAGCUUCUUUUUUGCACUUUACUCGUCAUAACUCGGCGUAAAGAGCCGAAUUACUGCCCACCUGUCCUUUAUUCCGCACCGCAGAUGUGACUGUAACAGCUGACCAACUGAAAUAUAUGCCAGUGUACUUGAACAAAAUUCUGCGUGUUUUUUUUUUUUGCGUUGUUUUUUCCUCCUGAUAUAAACCGAACUUUUUUUCCUGAAUGCAAGUAUUAAAUGUAAAAUAUAACGACUUUAGUUUUCCGCUGAUUUCAGGGUGCAGGAUUGUUUUGCCUGAAGUGGAAGCUGCUCAGUGUUUGUUUUUUUUUCCUAUAUAUGGGACUAGUACAUCACUUGGACCGGCCAGAUUAGAUUAGAUUAGAUUAGAUUCUUCUCCUCUAAUCUUCGCUCAACUUUACGGGUACCUUUCUAAUUUUAGUAUUGCUUUUAUUUUGGAAAGAAAACUUGCCUUUUUCUGCUCCAGCAAGCUCUCCCUCUCUCAGCCAUGCAGUCUGAAACGCUGCCAAAGCCUAAGGUGGAACUGCAAAGCUGAGGGAGCUAAUCAUCUCAGAGAGAGAACCGUUUGAUGGAAGAAAAGAAAAAGAAAAAACACGAGGAAAAAACAAAGAAGGACGCUGCGCAGAAAAAGGUUGCUGAACAGAAAACCAAAGUGCCAGACUCAGCUAAGGCCAGUCCCCCGCCGGUCCAAUCCCUGUCCAUCCCCUAUAGUAGUAGCAGCAGCAGUAAUGGCAGCCGAAGCCCCAGCAGCCCCCAGCAGCUCCAGCCCGUGCAGUGCAUCCCCCGUUUCCCCCCCAGAGAGGUUCCUCCGCGCUUCAGACACCACGAGCACAAACAGCUGCUAAAGAGGGGUCAGCCACUGCCCACUGCAGCCCUCAGCCUGACCAGCAACUCAGACUGUACAUCUCCGCCAAACACUCACACCAACGAGCACCUCGCAGCGCUGCCUCAUCAGAGUGGUCAGGGAGCCCAGCAUGAGAAUUCCCACUGGGGUGUCCCAACCACCAACAGCAGCAGCAGCAGUACCUGUUGGGAUCCAGUGAUUAUUGACGAAAAAGACACUGAAGCUUGGCCUUCCAUUCAACAAAGCAACAACCAGCAGUCGUUAGAAUGUACUUUGGAUGCUGACUCGUCAGAGGUUGUCAGUAGUAGCAUGAGUAUGGCUACAGGAGCUAGCCAACACAGUCACUACUCCAUUAGCAAAGCCAGCAUUAAUCACCCCUCAAGUAUGGUCUCCAGUCAGGGUGGACCCAACAGAGGAUGGGGCUCUGAGGGUAAGACUGAUUUGUCCCUAGGCAGCAGGAGCCAGUCCAACUGGGGUUCUUCUAAUCUAAAUUUGAACCCCAAUGCUAACCCUGCUGCAUGGCCCGUACUUGGACAUGAAGCCCCAGGAGUGGGCUCAGGGCCGAGUAGUAUGGGUGGCUCAAGUUCAAUCCCGUCCACCAUGUGUGGCCCAGGAGGUGUUGCACCGGUUCACGGCACCAAUGGAAAUGGCAGUGUUGGAUGUGCCAAUGGAAACCUUGUAGGAGACUGUGCUUGGGGGAACCCAGACACCCCAGACCAGCACCAGUCUCCAACAAACAUGUUGGAGACUCCUAACCUUAAAACUGAUGGACCAAACACUAAAGCAGAGCCAAUGAGCCCUGUGAACAGCUGGAGAGGAACCCUAAGUCAGUCUCCCACUGAUCAAGCCAGUGGAGAUGGAACUGCUCUUUGGGGCAACGGAGAUGCCAAGGGUGGAGAAUCAAAAGACUCAGCCUGGGAUUCUGGUGGGGUCUCCUCUUGGAGUCGUGGAGGAGGAAGUUCAGGCUGGGGUGAAUGGAACAAGCAGUCAAGUACUGAAGGUACAGGGUGGGAUGCCAACGAUGGACCUUCUCAGGAGCCAAUGAGUUCCUGGGGCACUGAUGCUCCGGCCAGUGAAGGUAGCAGAGACAGCAGCGAGGGACACUCGCAAAGAAGAGAAAGGUCCUCUAGUGUGGAUUUUCCAAUUCUGCCAAGGCAGGACCUAGACCCUCGUGUGCUCUGCAACUCUGGCUGGGGACAAACCCCAGUUUGCCAGCACACGGUGUGGGAAAUGGAUGAAAAUUCUGACAUGAAGGAUGAUGGUGGCACUGAAACCUGGGGUUCAUCCUCUAAAGCACCUUCAGCUGGAUCUGCACCUCCUCCUCCAGGAUGUAUCAAUUCUAACCUAAAUGCACCAUCUAGGAUGGACUCUGGGAGCAAGAAUGCCCCGGAACCUUCUCGAGGUAUGUCUGCCCCAGGUUGGGGAGGGUCAGUCCCGCCCACCAGUCAGCCCAGUACUGGAUGGGGGGACCCACCUGCUAAUAAGAAGGUGCCCAAUGGAUCAGUUGGUAGUUGGGGUGAGCCAAUGCCAGAUGGCCCCAGCACCAAUGGCUCUAGUGGCCAGUCAUGGGGCUCAGAAGAAAAGUCCCCCAGCUGGGAAGAUGGUCCUGCACAAGCCAAGUCACAAGGUUGGGGAGAUGGACCCAAUGCUUCCUCAAGCUGGGGAAAUAGUGGAAGUGGAAAUGGUGGAGAGUGGGGAGAGCCUUCAGAGAGGAGAAACAAUGGCUCUGGUAGUUCCUCUUGGGAUGGAGAUGGAGGGAACUGGAAGGAACCUCAGAAGGGAUGGGGCAAAGCACCUCCAGCUUCAGGCGGAGGCUGGGGAGACUCCCAACGCCCAAAUGGUCAUGUGCAGGGUUGGGGUGGCAAACCUCAAGAAUCCUCUAGUGGCAGCACUGGAAGCAUGGGUUCCUGGGGCGGCCCAAACUCUGUGAAGCAGGGUGGCUCUGGCUGGGGCUCUGCAGGAAGGCAGGAUGUAGGAGAGGAGGCUACAGGCUGGGAAGAGCCUUCCCCUUCCUCGAUCCGCCGCAAAAUGGAGAUUGACGAUGGAACCUCCACCUGGGGAGAUCCCAAUACGUACAGAACAUGUGUCAACAUGUGGGACAGGAAUAAUCCUGCUUCUCAUCCAGGCAACAGCAACAAUGGCAGCAGCAACAACCAUCAUACAGGGCCUAGUAACAACAAUCACCACCCUCACCACAACCAGGGUCCAGCUCAGAACCACCCCAACGGCAACAACAAUGGUUCACCAAACCAACCUGGACCUCCACACAACAGGAUGCCGAUGGUGAACCCAGGUAAGAGAAGCUGGGGCGAGCUGCCCAACGUGCAGACCAAGUCAGAGUCUUCAUCCUGGGGGGAGCCUCCCUCCUCCAGCCCCACGGUGGAUAACGGCACUGCUGCCUGGGGGAAACCGCCCAGAGGAUCCGGAGGCUGGGGAGAGAACAGCCAUGAGUCUGCCGGACACUUCAGCAGGGCCAGUGCACCCUCCGGCUCAGGGCCCUGCAAACCAGCCCCCAAAUCUAUGCAAGACAGCUGGGGGUCAGGAGGGGAGGAAAUGGGCAUGAGCCAAUGGGAGGCUGAGGAUGGCGACAUGUGGACCAGUCCCACCUCCCAGGACAGCAGCUCUUCCUGUAGUUCCUGGAACCAGCCCAAGAAGGGUCUACAGAAGGCAAAAAUGUCCACCAAACAGGAUGAAGUCUGGAUCAUGAAUCGACUUAUCAAACAGCUCACGGACAUGGGCUUCCCUAGGGACCCUGCAGAAGAGGCACUGAGAAGCAACAACAUGAAUCUGGACCAGGCUAUGAGCGCUCUGCUGGAGAAGAAAAGCGAAGGGGACAAGCGGGGGAUGGGAAUGGCUGAUUACAGCAGCGGCAUGAACAAGCCUCUGGUGUGCCGUCCUCCGAGCCUGUCCAAAGACUCCUCACUGGACCGAGCCCCCUUCCUGGACAAGGAUGGCGGGUUGUCGGACGACACACCAUCCUCACCAUUUCUGCCUUCUCCCGGACUCAAGCUCCCGCUGACCAAUAGCAGCCUUCCCAGCCACGGACUGGGCGGCGUCUCCCCAGGACUGGCCAUGCAAAACUUGAACAGCAGACAGAUGAAUGGAAUGUUUGGCAGUAACGGAGCAGCACAAGCUCGGGCUCUGCAGCAGCAGGCUCCGCCCCCUCAGCCGCCAGUGCCGCCUCUUAGCUCCGCCCAGCCUAAUCUACGCGCUCAAGUGCCUCAGUUUCUCUCCCCUCAGGUUCAAGCACAGCUCUUGCAGUUUGCAGCAAAAAACAUUGGUCUGAACCCUGCACUUUUAACCUCACCAAUAAAUCCUCAACAAAUGACCCUGCUGUACCAGCUCCAACAGCUGCAGAUGGCGUACCAGCGUUUGCAGAUUCAGCAGCAGAUGAUGCAGGCUCAGCGAAAUGUGUCUGGUCCCAUCAGACAACAAGAGCAGCAAGUUGCACGCACAAUCAAUAACAUGCAGCAGCAAAUCCAGCAGCACCAGAGGCAGCUGGCGCAGGCCCUGCUGAUGAAGCAGCAGCAGCAGGCGCCCCCUGCCCCGUCCCACGGCAGCCUGCACCCCGGCCUCGCCAAACCAAACCUGGACGUCUUCCCAGGAAACCCGCAGGCUCCGGGCCUGUCCAUCUCUGACCUGCAGACCAAAGAGCCGCAGAGUUCUCCUAGCUCCUUCAGCCUGUACCCUCUGUCUGGUUUGAAUGGUAAUGUGGGAGUGGGCUGUAUGGAUGUCGGUGGUCUGGUGCCGAAGGACACUCCGCCGCAGCCUCAGUCCCGUCUGUCACAGUGGACUCAUGCUAGCAGCAUGGACUCCCUCACCACCUCCACACCUCACAUGGAGACCAGCCUCAGCAAGCACGGUCCUGCAGUCCCCACCCACGUGGCCGACAGUAAACCGACGAUGGAAGACUCUUUCAGCCCGUAUAACCUCCUGUCCACCUCACAGUCUCCCAGCAGCCCCAUGGUGGCGCCAGACAGCUGGACUCCGGGCAAGAGCCCUAACGAGAAAAUGUCAAACGGGACGAACAUUAGCUGGCCUCCAGAGUUUUGUCCAGGAGUUCCGUGGAAAGGCCUGCAGAACAUCGAUCCUGAGGCUGACCCCAACAUGACCCCAGGAAGUGUUUCUGGAGGCCCCACCAUCAACACCAACAUUCAAGAUGUGAACCGCUACCUGCUGCGGGACAGGAGUGGAGGUAAGCUUUUGGACAUGAAGUCCACCUGGUCGUCAGGUCCUAUUUCACACACGCAGGCCUCGAUGCCCCAUGACCUUUGGAAGGUUGCUCCAGGAGGUCGGACCUCCACGGCCCCGUCUCGCCCUCCUCCGGGCCUCACCAACACCAAGCCCUCUCAAAGCUGGACAUCUGGGUCACUGGGUCUCGGCCAGGGCUGGAGCAGCUCCUACUCCUCAGAGGGAACUGCUUGGAGCUCAGACAGCUCCACCCGGACCAGCAGCUGGCUUGUUUUGCGGAACUUGACUCCUCAGAUCGACGGUUCAACUCUGAGGACACUGUGCAUGCAGCACGGUCCUCUCAUCACGUUCCACCUCAGCCUGCCGCAGGGUAACGCGCUAGUGCGCUACAGCUCCAAAGAGGAGGCAGCCAAAGCUCAGAAGUCCCUGCACAUGUGUGUUCUGGGUAACACCACCAUCCUGGCGGAGUUCGCCGGAGAGGAGGAAGUGACCCGUUUCUUCGCCCAGGGUCAGGCCCACCCACCCAACAGCAGCUGGCAGGGCAACGCCGCCCCUGGGUCCAACCAGCAGCGCCUGGCAAACCACUGGGGCAGCGGAGGAUCAGCGGGCACCAAGACAGGCACCAGCUCGGGCAGCGGAAGCAGUGGAAACGGGGGAGACCUGCUGUGGGGUGGUGUUCAACAGUACUCCAGUUUAUGGGGUCCUGCUAACGGCGAGGAGACCAGGGUCAUGGGGAGCCCAAUCCCAAUCAAUACACUGCUGCCUGGAGACCUGCUGAGUGGAGAGAACAUGUAAGAGCUGAUGGUCCAGCGCCAAAAACGAGAAGGGAAAAAGUAUUAAAAAAAAACAACAAAAAAAAUAAAUAAAACAGCAGACGAUGGAAAAAACAAACAAAAAAUGACAAACAAAUAAGCAAAUCAGUGUGAUGAUAAUCACUUUCUUUCUACAGAGCUGAAAAAAAGGUUUCGGGGUAAGACUGGAAUGCUUACCUCUACCUCUGCUGAUCAGUUUAUCAGUGCAUCUUUUGGAAACUGGAGACGUUCAGUGCGUCAGAGCAUCUUUUAUUGUUUGUAGACUUUCAACAAAAGCAAGAAUCAACAGAAGCGGAAGCCUUUGAUGUUUUUAUAGUUUGUUUUACUUUUCUUUUCCCAAAAAAAAGUUUCUUUUGGUUCAGGAGAAGCAGAGGAAAGGCAGCCAUUUUUAAAACCAAGCCCAGAAACAGAGAAACCUCACGGCCCUGCAGCCUUCCUGACCGAGACGCUGGGGAAAAGCUCCUGCUACCUUUUUACGCAUUUCAACGUUCAGUGUGUGGUUUCUUCAGAACUUAUCUUAGCCUUAAGUGCUCGCACUCUUUUCUCUCUCGCUCUCUCUCUGUCUGGGUCAUUCUUGAGCAUUAUUAUUAUUAUUAUUAUAGUAGUUAUUAUUUUUAUUUUAUUUUUUAACAAAAACCAACUAAAGAAAUUUAACUUGCACAUUUCUGUUUCUGAGCCAGUGAUUGGACCAGAGCAAGCGAGAAAAAAAAAAAAAAAAGUCACCUAGCAGCACGUGGCCUGUCUGCUAGACCAAUCAGCCGUGAGCUUAUGCAUUUUCUUCAGUAGUUGCAGUUAAGGGAGGUACACUGACUCUUGUUUUACGUCGUCUAUGAUCCAGGCUGUCUGUCUGUGUGUGUUUAAUGUUCAAAAAUAAGCUGAACAUUGUGCGUAUGAGUGUUAUGCCUACAGGAACUUGACCAAGCAUCUGUUUGUGAACUCACAAGCCACUGUCUAAAAGACCCUCGAUGGAAAUAUUUCCGCACCGACUGGAUUUCAAUGCUGAAUCAAUCAGAACUUACUCAUUUUAAUCCUAUCUUUACAUGUUUCUGGAGAAAGAUAAAGACGAAAAAAGACAAAAAAAAAAGUGAUGCGUCGUGCAAUAUAAGCAUCCGCCGUUAUCUUCCAUCCACACUGAAGCAAACCGAAGCUCUUUUUUUCCAGAUUGUUAUUAAUUUUUUUUUUUUUUAACUGAACUGUAUUGGUCGUGUUGGAGACUUUUCAAGCUACAAAGACGAUACUUAUGGACUUCUUCACCUACCUGGUCUCAGAGGCUGUGUUCUCGGACUGACUCGCUGCGGGGUUCUGGUUCCAGACGCGAGGGGAACACACAGAGAUUCGGGAUUCAGGCACAACACCAAAAUAAAAGGGUUUCUCCUCUUUUAAUGCAGUAAAAAGGGAUCCUUGCGUCUGGUACAAAAAAAAAAAAGUUUUUCUAAUAUUUCAAGGGGAUUAACAUAGCACUUAUGAACAGAUUGAUGCUCCACUUGCAAUGCCAAUUAACCAGACUAUGGAGCAAAAAAAAGACUCUUGAUGGCAACUUAGCUCUUUUACAUACCUUAGUGGUAUAAAAAAAAUAUAUAUAGCUUCUUUUGUUUGCUGUCCCUCAUCAGUCCUGGAGGGACGUGAAUGGACUCUAAAACCCGUGUGGUCAGACUGAAGGGGAACAUAAGACUGAAUUUACAAUCAGACGAAACCUGCAGUAUAUGUUUGUUUUUACAUUCAGUUUUUUGGACUAUAUCAGAGUGAAUGUCACUGUUACUCCAAACUUGUUUAUGGCCUUUUUUCCACCGUGUCUGUAAAAGACACCAGACAUGGAUUGUUUUUUGGAUGGGGGGGGGGGGCGACCGAGGAGGUAAAAAAAAAAAAAAAAAAGCAAGCAGCUCCUUCCUCAGGUGAAGGGAAGCUGCCGAAGCUCAUGGGAGGAAAUGCUCGCUAUCACUCAUUCCUCUCCUCCCAAUCUCGGAAUGUCUAUCUUCUGUCGCUGUGCUCCCAGCCACUCAGUCAAAGCCAAAAUAGACUGGUGAUGACGACUCAUCUCUCAAACUCAUCGCUGCCCUCUCCUCUCUCUCCCUCUCUGAUAAAUGCACCUUUAGCAAGAAGCUGAGACAGUCUGACCUCUGGAAUCGCCAGUGUUGGUGUGAUUUUUCUUUCCCUUUUUCCAUGUACUGUACAAUUCUGUUGGUCUUCAUGCAGUGGGUUUUCACUGGCACCAAAAGCCCUUCAGUGUUCAUAUGCAGAAACACUUUAAAGUGGUGCCGCUGUAGGCCUGUCCUGUGUAACCAAUGCAAUUGAGGAACGUUGCUUAUAUAGGCCAUAUUUGGUUGUUUUCAUAUGUUUAUGUGAAAUGUUUAUCAUUUUUAUGUGUGUGAACAGUGUUUCCUAAGAUUCCCCAAACUAUCUCACAACAUGUAGAACGUGCACUGAAAAAAAUGGCAUCUUGGCAAAUGAAAUCAUCUUAAAUAUAGUCCUUAUAUACGAUGCUUCCUACUGUGAGCGUUUUGCUCCGAAACGAUUCAACUCAUUUUUAGAUGAUUUAAUGUACUUUGACAUUUUAUCAAGGGAAACGAUCAGUAUUGUUUAGGGAUGGGGGGUUCGGUCAACUCAAAAUAUAAAUACAAAAUAAACUUACAAAGGUAGUGACAGGAGUCGAUUAAAGUCAAAACACUAAACCAUAAGAGAUAACACUGCAAUUUACUCCGAGAAAGGCAGCUAAUCUACACCUUUAAACAGAAUUUGAACCAUCUGUUACUUUUGUCUUAAAACUGAGUUUUUGAAUAGGUAGUUAAUGCCAAAUGUGAUAAAUUCACUAAAUGACUGGACGUUUUAUUCAUGUUAGUCUAAACUACAGUGUACAAUAAAUUUAGCUUUAGUAAAAAAUUUUAAGUUACUGCUUUUUAGCUACUACACCGCACCAAAGGCAUUCUAGAGGGGGCAGCACAGAGCUUCCUGUCUGGUGUGUGGUAGCAUUUAGCCAGCUGCAGUGGUCUUUCUUUGCUUUCUAGGACUAAACAAAGUAGAACUUCUGACCAAAACUUGACACAUGUUCUACAGCGCCCUCUGGUGGACUAUAGAGUUUCCACGAUGUUAGAGAGAAAGAAGUUGCAUACGAAACUAUGUACUAUUUGACUCCUCCAUAAUAGCUUUAUAACUAAUAGUCAUAAAUAAGGUAAUUUGGUUAUUUUUAUACCUAAUGAAGAAAAACAUUCAGUGUAGUUAGUUGAUUCCACUUAAACUAAGAGAAAACAUCUAGAAAUGGGUUGAAUAAUAUCGUAGUAUUCUUGCAUAGUAAAUAAUAUUCCAUAUUAAAUUCCCCACAUUUAAGAAAUUGAAUUUGCCGAGAUAUCAUUUUCCUGCAGUGCGAACUCCUUAAUUUGCGUGUUUUGCGUGACCCCGUCUCUAACACAGCUGCUAGGAUCCUCUUUUUGUUUACCCUCCCUCUUUGCAGCCUCCGUGCCGUCCGCCUGUUAGCCAGAGAGCUCCCUGUUCUGUUAGCAAGAGCGCCCCCUUCCUGUUAAUAAGAGAGCAGCUCUUACUUGAAACGCCCGCUCUGUGGGGGACGGGUCCUUUUAGCUGCUGGCUCACUCUCCAACCAGCACAUCGUUAACAUUACUAUGCAAAGUAAGAAAAUAACGGACACAUCGAUGAGGUGGUCGGUGGCCCUUUACAACGUUAGUGCCAAUAGUGACUCCAGAGGUUGGGCUCUACCCCCAAAACCCUCAGGCCUCCAGCAUAUAUCUAUAUAUACGCAUGAAUAUUGCUCUCUGGAUGAUCAUACAGGUCGUAUCCUGAAGUAGUCUUUGGGGGACUCUGUCGUUUCAGCACUCUUUCAGGGCGUAAACUAAAUUUACAUUUAUGGAAAGAUACUGGUUUUGAGCAGAUUGUUAUCUAUUAGUGCAUUUAUUGCUUAGGGUGUCUCAAAUGCUAGAAAAUGUGGCACAGAAGCCAUAAGUAGGACAAACUUCUCCGACUCCCUCAGCAGGGGGCGCAGUUGGGUCGUCACACCUACCGCUUCUGCUGAUUUACAGAGCCUAUUUUACAGUGGGACCUUCUUAACCACAUGCUGCUGAUUGCGUUUAAUCCUUUCUACGGUCUCGUGUGCCAAUAUAGCGGGAGGCGUAGCGGUGUGUAUCGGCUGAGUUGUUGAAUUUCCUUUUCUUCUUGUUACAUGAACGACUACCAGUAUGGAGGCACACUGACGUUUCCUGCGCGUCCGAGGUGGGAUGGGUCUCAAAGAGGCUGGCGAAACGCACCUAAUUACUGAAACACCUCAUUUGCAUCACUGAGAUAAUCCUUUUGCUGUCCGAUUACAGAGCGAGACGUUUGGGAAUUCGCUAAUGGUGCACAGGUCGUGGCUAAUCCCUGGUACUUUUUUUGAAUACCAAAAAAAAUGAAAUCACAUUUUAAAAUCUUUUUAUAUAUAUAAAUAUAUAUAAAAGUUGGACGGAAAAGAUCGUUAAAUGUAAAUGAUGUAGGGGGAAAAAACUGUCUAAAUCUGCACUUCUUGCUAAUUUUCUCCUGUUUUGCAGACGUGUUCUGUCCCUCGUUCUAAAUGUCGACUGCAUGCAGGAGUGCCUUUUUCUGUAUGCUGUUUUAAGUGUUUGUGUUUGUUAAUCUGGGCCCAUCCAACUGUGCAUUUCCAUUCGCCCUGAUCGAGAAGGGCCCUGCGCGUUCUCUCUCCGCUUUGAGGGAAGUCGUUUCAACAGGUACGAUGCUGUCUUAAGCUGACGAAGGCCGUUGGACUCCAGUCCGACGUCGCAAAAGCAAACUCACUGUUGCCUGGGUGUGAAACUGCCUUUCUCCAAACUCAGUCAGAAACUACAAACACAUCUAGCCUGUCCGAACCCCAGGAAGCAUUUUGAUGACACCAGCAUAGAUAACGCUACGAUACUAGCUUCACUUCACUCGUUACUGUAGACCAAAUUACUUUCAUUUUAUUAGUCGUCCAAAUUUCUCUCCCUUGUAAGACCAACUGGGCAGAACACAAGUUAAAUGAGCAAUAUUUGCAUUUGACCCUGCAAAAUAAGACAGGAAAAGUACUGAUACUUGAUAAUUCACAGAAAAAAAAUGUCUGGGAUUUGCACGCGUAAAGUAUUUUUACGUAAUUCCUUUUCUUUUUCUUUUUUUUUAUUAAUUGUAACAGCUCAUCCUUUUUUUCCCAUCUCCAGACAAAUAAAACCAUAAACAUAUCAAAACAAGACAAGUUACUACACCAAUACUUGAAUCAAAGAUCGCCAAUAACGUAAUGUGAACUUGUUUUUUUUUGUUUUGGUGUAGCUCGUACACUUUUCAAGGUGUUCUAAAACCUAGCAUUAAUCACAAAGAUGAUGUCAUGACUUUUUUUGGGUGUACAGACUGCGUUCCUGGUUUUGCACCUGCACUUGUGUUUCCAUUCAGUAUGUUGUUGUUUUGUUUUGUUUUGUUUUUUUUAAAGCUUGUUCAAAACAAUGUUCUGAUGAUUAUUGUAAUCCAAUGUUGCACUGAGUGUCUUCUCUUCCCUCACUCAGCAAAUCAAAAGAGAAAAAAAAACACGUACAAAAAGGUGACGAGGGAAGACAAUUCAUGUGUUAAAGUUUACUCAAGGACUUGAUCAACUAUUGUUUGUUCGUUUUAUCUGUAAAAUGUUUAAAAACCUGUAAAAUGUUUAUCUACCUUUAUAGUGGCUUUCAUUGUUGAAUAACUAGCGAGAGUUUUGCACCAUUUUGUUUUAAAUAUUAAGUAUAAAAGAACAAAAAAAAUCCAAAAAAAAAAAAUCAUCGUGGGGGGGAAAAAUGUGAUAAACUGUGGCCAUAGUUAGAAAAAGGGUAUAGAGCUCCAUAUGUGAUAUGAUAUUCAUGCAUAAACACAGACAGCUGAGCGUGAGAUGAGUCGGUGAUGGUGCGACUCAUUUCAGAGGUGCCUACUGUUUUAUUGUCUGUACAGGUUUCCGUUUCCUUCCGAUCCGCCUGCCGUUUACAAACGACCAAUUUGCAAAACGAAAGAUGAAAUUUAGCUGAGAAAAAUACAAACUAUACACAAUCUCAUCUUCCAUCAGAAGAGAGCGAGAAAACUAACUUUUCAAAUGAAGACUUAAGCUACUUUCUGAACUCUGGGAUUGAUUCAGUGUUGUAAUUGCUUUUGAAUUAAUCUCUUUUGUUGUUGACGGACUAUCUAUGCCUGUAUGUAUCAAUUUUGAGUUUCUGUUCUGUGAAAAAACAUGGUUUGCUUGCUGUCCUGCACACUCACAAAUGGACUUGGCUAUUUUCUCAGGAAGACGAGAGGUCCGCAGUUCCGAUUCUACUGUUUUCUAAUGUUUAUCAUGAGCAUAUAACAAGUUAAUGGAUGUU